UCGCCGCCACCGGGAGGACGGCACUGAUGCGCAAACAAAAUUGUCAUUCAGUUCGUGAGCGAAGCUAGGCGGAACCAGACGCAAACAAUUUGAGGACGCUGCGAAUUAGUUUUUAAGUGAAAUCAUGAUUCAAGCGGUGCUAUUUAUAUCGGCCACCGUGCUGGGCUGUGGAGUUCUAGGGGCGGAAGUGUUUCGAAAUGCCCAGUUUCAAUGCGGGAUUCCGAAGCAUGCCAACACUCUGUUGAUUGUCAACGGUGCGGAUGCAAAAAUCAGCGACUGGCCGUGGCAUGCCGCGAUUCGACAGCACAAUGGCAACCAGCCGGAAUACGUCUGCGGAGGAACGUUGAUCAGCGAACGGUUUGUGGUGACUGCGGCGCACUGCACCCUAGGGGAAAACCCAAACAAACUACCGACGAUGUCGGUUCAACUUGGGGUGAACGCCGUAGGAUCUCCGGAAGGAAAAGUUUACAACGUGGAAAAGAUUCAUCGUCAUUCCGGCUUCUCUCUGACGGAUCUGAAGGACGAUAUUGCGCUGUUGGAGCUGAGCAGUCCGGUAGAGUUCAAUGAUUUUGUUUUGCCGAUUUGUACCAGCAAGAAAACUGCCACCGAACCGGGUAAGAUCGGGGCGAUCGUGGGCUGGGGAGUUACCGAGAAUGACAUUCCGUCGACUAAGUUGAAACUAGCGAAACUUCCGGUUGUCGAUCAGCUGGAGUGCAAACGUCGGGAGCCGGAGCUGUACGGCAGGGUCCUUACGGAUAAUGUUUUUUGUGCUGGUUACACUAAUGGAACUUCCGCUUGCAACGGUGACAGCGGUGGAGGCAUUGUUUUCGAACGCGGCGAUGCUUGGUAUUUGGGUGGAAUAAUCUCUUUCACUCGUACCAGAGACGGAUCCAAUCUUUGCUUAACAACGACAUACGCAGCUUUCACCAAAGUUGGCGCCUACUUGGAUUGGAUAGCCCAAAUAACAAACAUUGAUUUCAGUGAUGAGUACGGCAUAGAAAAAAAUAUUCCUUGUUCUACGCCGGCACAACCUAAUGGGGUGUGUGUUCCCGUUCAGCAGUGCAGAAACAUUUUCGACGCGUUGCGAUCGCCACUACUUUCGAAGCAAACUGCCGAACAGUUACGUCAGACGGUUUGUCAGCUGCGAGGAGUUCGUCGUAGCGUCUGCUGCAGUCCGGAUCAAGUCGAGCGAAUUCCGAUUCACCGAAAUGCGAUACUUUUGCCCCAGGAGUGUGGAGUUGCCAAACGGAGCACCCCGACCACCACCGCUGUUCGGGCCAAUGUUUUUGAAUUUCCCUGGAUCGCGUUGGUUCUUUCUAGUAAGGCCACCCCGCAGAAGAAGCCGUACUGUAUUGGAUCUUUGAUCAACAAUCGCUACGUGUUGACGGCAGCCAGUUGUCUGAAAGCUAAGGAAAAUGCUGGCCUGGACUACGUUCGAUUGGGAGAACAUACGCUUGAUGUAGCCAGAGAUUGUGACAUAUACACUGAUCCUCGAACCCGUAACAGCGUGGAAGAGUGUGCUGCUCCUCCACUAGACGUUAAGGCAGUUCUACCCUUCAUUAUCCAUCCGUUGCAGAACAAACCUUUCCGAGCAAACGAUUUCGGUUUGGUCCGUCUUGAACAGAAGGUUGCUUUCACUGAUAACAUCCGACCGCUCUGCCUUCCAAUUAGGGAGAACCUACGGAAUACUUUGCCGAACGACUUCGUUCUCACGAUGCUGGAAACCACGACAAAGCAGGAACUGUACAAAACACGAUCCGAGUUCACCGAAGUUGAGGAGUGCGAGGAACGGUUCGAAGACUACGGUUAUACGCCGUGGGUGACGGAUAAAAUGUUCUGCGCUUUGGCCAAGGGUCCCAACUAUAUCUGUACGCCCCAUACGGGGGCACCGAUCGUGUCGAUGAUCCAACAGGGCGAUGCAGUUCGGGCCGUUAUGUACGGCAUCGCGAUGAUGAAUCCAAGCAACUGCACCAUUGCUCAGACCAUCCCGAAAACCUACCUGCGAGUUCCACUGUACGUGGACUGGAUCCUGGAGAAUAUUGCUCCGUAGGAGGGGGUUUGUGAAUUUGUAGAUUAGGUCGUAAAUAAAAAGCACGUAGUGACUAAAAGGUGUAAAAUUUUGAGCAAUUGUAUAAGUUUUUAUUUUUGCAACUUUCACUACUAACGAAAAUAUUGAGUAGCUCCAAAUUCUUUCUAUAAACUGUUUGAAGCCGUCAUUACACAAUGACCAGACUGAGAGUCUGAACGAAAGAACUGUCUAUGCCAUCAAUAGUCAACUGUGAGCUCAAAUAUGACGUAUACAUCGAUAGUCCUUUCUUCAAAAAAUGCACACACGAAACAUUUCACGUGUUUGUGCACUUUUCUACGCAUUUUAUUUUUGCUCAAUUUCCGGGAUAUACUUGAACCGAUCUCAACAAUAUUGAACUUGUUUGAAUACUUCAAUUUGAUCCUGGAUUGAAUUUGGAAGCCUUAUGGCAAAAACUUCCAAUUCUAGAGACGUAGUCGUAUAGGUGACGUAUUCAACAGAUUACAGAUUGUUCAAAUGGCUUAUUCGAGCUAACUGACGUAUAUGACGGAGCAAGUUUCUCUCCAUCCGGACAAUCGCUCAACCGAUUCUUACAUUGUUAGGCUCACUUGGAAGCUACAGUGGUUCAAGAGAGAAUAGACCAGGUUAAGGAGAUAGAACCUAAUAUAACCUAUAUAAUCGACAAACCUCCAAGAUGUGCUUGUAAUUGUGUUACAUUUUACAUAUUUAUCCAUACAUCACAAGAUGAGUACUUUUGAAGAAUAAAAUAAUUCUGUAGCAUACAGUUUAUUGUUCAGAA